AUGGCAAAUACAAAUUGUAACAACGCUAAAAAUGAUAUAAAAGAUAAAUAUGGUGAUUUGAAGAUUAAUGCACCGAAUCCAGUUAAUGUCAAUCCUCAAUUUAUGGGUGAUUAUCCACCACCCAAACCAACAACUUCGAAAGUUCCUGAACUGCCUCCAUCUAUUGAAGCAGUUACUGAAUCACCUGCAAUUAAUCGUCCACCUAAAUCUCCUGGAUCCUCACUAGGUCCUUAUUUUCAAUUUAUUUCAACUGAUUUAAACAAAAUGUUAUGGAUGGGUAGUGUAUUGAUAUUUCGACAUGUUUCAUUUGAUCAACCCAAGAUUGAAUUCAUAUGUAAUGCAAAAGUCGAUUAUAAUUGGGAAAUCUUAUAUGAUAACAUAUUUGAUUUGUGUGCUUAUCGUGUUAAUAUUUUCAUUGAAUUACGACCUGGUGAAGGGGAUGAUAAAAUUAUUUGGAAAAUCGAUUGGGGCGAUGAAAAAACUGAUGGUUCAUUUCUCAUCGCUCGUCUUGAUCAGAAAUGGCGUGUGUAA